CGCCCAAUUUCUACGAUGGCACCAGCCGAAGCACUUCCGCCUCGUUACCUGAUUCUUGCCAGGGCAAGGGAGGACACGUGAUCUUCGGCUAGUAGAUCUAUCUCGGGAGUUUAGGGUCUCUCUUAGCGCAUUUAUUGCCAAGGUCUUGGAUCAAACCUGUCAUCACGCUCCUGCUUACCAUCACAUCUGGAUCUACAUAAGUGGGCUAACGAAUCCGUCGUGGGUAGAGGCUUGCUGUAGUUCUAAACCUGCAGUAGACACUCAGAAAUGACUCAUUGGUUUCAUCGAAACCCUUUAAAGGCUACAGCUCCUGUCUCAUUCAAUUACUAUGGGGUAGCCACCACUCCAGCUGCAACAAAGAUUUGCAAUGAUCUAAGAUUAUCACGAAGCCGACUCUUGGAGCUUUUUACAGAUCUUAGUUGUAAUCCAGAUAUGAUGAAAAACGCAACUGAUUCCUAUUUUUCACUCUUGAAAGGCUUUAUAGUUUCAUUGGAUGACUCUUCACAGGACAGCAAGCUGAGAUAUAUUCAGAAUUUUAAGUGGACAGACACCUUGCAAGGACAAGUACCAAGUGCCCAACAAGAUGCUGUGUUUGAAUUAAUUUCCAUGGGAUUUAAUGUGGCUUUAUGGUACACAAAAUAUGCAUCAAGGUUGGCAGGGAAAGAAGACAUAACCGAAGAUGAAGCAAAAGAUGUCCACAGGAGUAUGAAAAUAGCAGCUGGGAUUUUCAAACACUUAAAGGAAAGCCACAUCCCUAAGCUGAUCACUCCUGUAGAAAAGGGAAGAGAUUUAGAAGCUCGACUGAUAGAUUCCUACGUUAUCCAGUGCCAAGCUGAAGCACAAGAAGUGACUAUUGCCCGAGCUAUUGAACUGAAACACAAUCCUGGUCUAAUAGCUGCUCUGGCCUAUGAAACAGCUAAUUUCUAUCAAAGAGCAGAUCAAAUGUUAUCCAGUCUGGACCCAGCAUAUACAACCAAGUGGCGAAAAUACCUUCAGCUGAAGUCAUGUUUCUAUAUGGCCUAUGCCUACUGCUACCAUGGUCAAACACUCCUGGCCGGUGAUAAAUGUGGAGAAGCCAUUAGGUCUUUGCAGGAAUCAGAAAAAUUUUUUGCCAAGGCUGAAGCUUUGUGCAAAGAAUAUGGUGAAACCAAAGGUCCUGGAACUACAGCUAAGCCUUCCGGCCACCUCUUCUUUCGGAAACUGGGAACUCUGGUGAAAAAUACCUUAGAAAAAUGCCAGCGAGAGAAUGGAUUCAUUUACUUCCAGAAGAUUCCCCCCGAGGCUCCCCAGCUGGAGCUGAAGGCAAACUAUGGUCUGGUUGAGCCAAUUGCUUUUGAGUUCCCUGAUUUGCAUGCACACUGGACUUCAGAAGCCCUUUCUGCGUUUGAUCUCACCAAAAGGCCAAAGGAGGACAGUGCUAAACCAAAACCAGAGGAGGAAGUGAAACCUGUGAAAGAACCAGAUAUAAAACCUCAAAAAGACACUGGGUGCCAGAUCUCUUAAAUGCUUUGAAAUAGCCCUUGUGAGCUAUUUUGUGAACUCUGGGUUUUUUAUCAUCUACCUUGUUUUCUGGACUUUCUCAUCCUACAAAGGAAUUCACUGCUUUUCGAGUUUUUAUAGAUACUUUUCUUUUAAGCUCUCUUUCAGAAGAAUUAAGCGAUUAAAAUUGGAAUUGUCAUAAAUGUACCCUUCUCAGCAUAGAAAGUGAGUGUUUAGAUGAAUUUGCACUAGAAUGUGGAAUAAAUGAUAGUGAAUACAAGAGAUGAAACAGAAGCAGGUGAGUCUUGGGAGAGGCAGUAUUUUGCGAAGAAGGAAGACUGAACAGGAGGAAAUUUUGUAGAAGCUUUAAGGUGGCAUGUAAAAGAACUGACUGAAAAUACAAAAGUCAAGGAACAUUUUUUAAAGGUAGGAUAAAUUCAUAGUAUUGAAUUUUAAGAGCAAGGAUGUUAAGUUGAGGCAAUGGAGACUUCUAGGAGAAUCAAAAUAAUCUAUUUAAAGAAAUGGUAUGGAAAUAUAAUGCCUCACCUUGCUAAGGGAAUAGAACGUUUUAGCUCAUAUAAUUUUUACCCUGGCAGGAAUACAACGGAUGCCAUGUUGGCACUUCAAAUACAGCAAGUGAAAUACACGUAAAAUAUGCCUUUGGAAGGUAUUUUACCUUGAAGUCCUUUAACAGAAACAAAAUGUCUUAUUUUGGUCAUGCUUGGGGAAGAGAGAUUAUAGGAACAUAUGUUAAGCAAGAUUUAGCCUUUGCACCAAAAGGGCUAAACAGAAGCAAAACUUUUACAGAAGGACUAUGCAACUCUUAAUUGAACGCAGAGCUGCCAUGGAUAAAUAUCAAGCUGCUCUGUUGUGUUAAAAAAAAUAUCUACCCACUCCAGAGUCUAGUAAAUAACACAUUAUGGGGAAGGCCUGAAGAUAAUGGCAGAUCUGUGUAGUAAAUACGAAAAGGAUUCAUGUUAAGUAUUCGGUAUUUGUGUCAACUGCUUUUAUCAGAAAUGGGGUAAAAUCAAUUUAAAAGGUUAUUGUAAGUGUAGAGAAAGGAUGAAGGAGAAACAAAAUUGUGGAGUUAUGGGAGUUGCAACGAGAUAAGACUAAUAGAAUGGAAAAGCAAAAUCAAAACAUGUCAUGGAGGAUGGGGAUGAUGUUUGUGGAAUAGAGUGGCUAUACUGAUUCUGUUCAGAAACCUGGGCUGCGUCUAGACACAUCAAAAAAGUGUUUCAGUUAAAUGAGUUGUAAAUUUAAACAGGGAAAACAGGUAGAGAAAAAUGAGACUCCACAUCGCCAUCUGGUGGCACAAUGUUAUAUCGCAUAUACAACGCAUAUAAAUCGCCUUUUUGUUACCAAUCUGAGUCCCUGGUUGUGGAUAACCAGCAGAUUUCAAAGAUCUAGAAUGGUGACCUGGAAAACAAAGAAAUGUUGACUCUUGAGCCAAGGCAAAAGAAUGUUGCUGUAUGUGAGCUACUUGGAUUACGCUAUGGGAAACUAGUAGAAUCUGGUUUGCAGAACAUUGCUUUGAAAGAAAAAUGUCCUGUAAAAACAACUACCGUUAACACAUGAUUGGAAAAAUUGCUGCUCCAGCCUACAAUUGAAUUUGUAUACAUUUGUAUAAACAGCAUCCUCAGUAGAUUACUCUGGCUCGCUACUUG